AUGAUUCAACCAAAUUCAGAAAAUAUUAUUCAAACGUCAACAACAAUUUAUCCGUUGCCAACAGGAAAAGCAAUUUUAGAAACUGAUACUUCCUCGCCAUCACCACACUUAACAUCAAGUGAUUCUUAUUUUGAUUCUAGCGACACUCCAAAUCAUCCAGAUUAUUUACGAUUAAUUUUAACUUCUAGAGUUUAUGAAAUAGUUAAAGAAACACCAUUAGUACAUGCAAUAAAUUUAUCAUUAAAAUUAAAUAACAAAAUCUUAUUAAAAAGAGAGGACUUACAAGAUGUUUUUAGUUUCAAAAUUAGGGGUGCUUAUAAUAAAAUGGCACAUUUAACUGAAGAAGAAAGAAAGAGAGGAGUGAUUGCUUGUUCUGCAGGAAAUCAUGCUCAAGGGGUUGCAAUGUCAGCAAAAAAACUCGGUCUUCCUGCAACUAUUGUAAUGCCAUUAACUACACCAAGUAUUAAAUACAAAAAUGUAGAAAGAUUGGGCUCAAAUGUUGUACUACAUGGAUCUGACUUUGAUGAGGCAAAACAAGAGUGCCUUCGUUUACAAAAUCUACACAAAUAUACCAAUAUACCACCUUAUGAUGACCCAUAUGUUAUUGCUGGUCAAGGUACUAUUGGGAUGGAAAUCCUCAGACAACAUUCUUUUAAUGAAAUAGAUGCAAUUUUUGCAUGUGUAGGUGGAGGUGGACUUAUAGCUGGUAUUGGCAGUUAUAUAAAAAGAAUAUGUCCCUCCAUUAAAAUUUUUGGUGUAGAAGCUGUUGAUGCUAAUGCAAUGACAUUAUCAUUGAAGGAAAAUAAACGAGUUGUGUUGAAAGAAGUUGGGUUAUUUGCAGAUGGAGCAGCUGUAAAAGUUGUAGGUGAAGAAACUUUUAGAGUGUGUACUGAAGUUGUUGAUGGGAUGAUUACAGUGACAAAUGAUGAAAUUUACACAAGGUCUAUUGUAGAACCAGCUGGUGCAUUAGGACUAGCAGGUGUAAAGAAAUAUACUGCAGAAAAUAAUGUAGUUGGGGGUUGUUUUGUGGCCAUUACUUCAGGUGCAAAUAUGAAUUUUGAACGUUUGAGAUUUGUAGCUGAACGAGCUGGGUUUGGUGAACAACAUGAAGCUUUAAUUUCAGUAAUUAUUCCUGAACGUCCUGGAAGUUUUAUCGCACUUUAUAAUCAUAUUGAUCCACGUCCCAUUACAGAAUUUUCAUAUAGGUAUUCUGAUUCAGAAAAGGCAUGGAUAUAUAUGUCAUUUAGAGUCAAUAAUAGAGGUACAGAAUUACAAACUAUCUUAGAAAAUUUAAAGAAGGAUGAUAUGCAUGGUCUAGAUAUAAGUGAUAAUGAAAUAGCAAAAAGUCAUGCAAGAUAUUUGGUAGGAGGUAGAAGUAUUGUUGAAAAUGAAAGAUUAUUUAGAUUUGAAUUCCCUGAAAGACCUGGAGCAUUAAAAAAAUUCUUGACUGGAUUGAAAUCAAGUUGGAAUAUAUCAUUAUUUCAUUAUCGUAAUCAUGAUGUAGGAAAAGUGUUGGUUGGCAUACAAGUUCCAUUACAAGACUAUGAAGCAUUUGAAAAAUUUAAAAAUAAACUUGGUUAUCAUUGUGUAGAAGAAACAGAUAAUUUAGUUUAUAAACAAUUUCUAAAAUAA